GCAAUCUCUGAAAACGAAGAUGUCGUCAAUUUAAGUUGCUCUAAUUACUUUCGCUAAUUGGCGCAUUCGACGGAAUAAAUUGGACAGAAUUGACUCGGAUUAAGCAUCCACAAGACACAAAUCAUUUUGGAAAAUGGAAAAUAUGGAUUUAUCAUCUUCCGAUCGAAUACAGACAAUAAAGUGUUUACGUGAUAAAGGAAAUACAUUAAGUGUCGAAUUAGGCAGUGACAAUAGUGAAAAACAAUGGGAGAAUGAAAAUUCGACUGCGAUUACGUACGAUGGAAUUCCGUCAGAAGUAACACGUGCUUCGGAUGUCGUAUGGGAACAAACCAAAAAUGAUUCUGACGUUUCUAAUGGAACCAAAGAAGUAUUGGAGAUAAAAAGCGAAGUAGAACAGAAAGUUAAUAAAUUUCAACUUGAAUUAGAUACAAGAAAAUACGAUGGGACAUCACAGCUUAAAAUUGCAGGUAUUAGUGAAGAUGAAUCGGAUUGUCUCAUUUUCGAAAUUGACGAAGAGGAUACUAUAACGGAACAAUGGGAAACAGAAGAUGAAAUAAUUUUUGAUGAAGUUUUUAACUUUAACUCACAAAAUAAAAUGCCUCCGGCAGUAAAUACCAAUAAGCGUGAAACCGUUCGAGAUAGGAAUAUUGUUGGAAAUACUGUUGAAAAUACAUUAAAAGAAUCUGUUGCAGAGGAAUGGAAUAAACGAAAUUGGAGGAGUGAAGAUCCUAAGGAAAAAUUAGAUACGGACGAUCCCGAGUGGGAAAGGAUCAAGACCCUUACUACAGAUGAAGAAAGGUAUAGAGCGGUGAAGGAUUGUUGGAAUUCUCACAAUGUAUCAAAUCAUCAUAAAAAUCUCACUUCCCAAUCCUUUAGAUUAAGGAGAUUGAAGAAAAAGGGCUCUACGGUACAUCAUAAUAAAGAAAGUGAAGUGCAACGGGAGAUCCCGUAGGAAUAAUAUGCGAUAAACGACAGAAAACAGAAUCUUUCCCGUGUACCAAUAUUCUGGAUAGAAAAACAAAAGACGAAAAGAAAUCAUAUAGGAAAAAGCUAGACAUGGAGGAAUCAAUUUAUUUCAAAGAAUUGCAUAAAAUUAAAUACGACAGACAAAAGUACAGAAAUUAUCUUCUGGAAAUAUAUUAGUAGUAGUUUUUGCAAUUCAUAUUCGAUUAAUCGUUCGGUUUAUGCUGGAAGAACAAGGGAACGGAGAGAAUAUAUUGAGAUGGUUAUAUCAAAAAGAGAGAAGAAGCAGAAAGAAGCGACAAGAAAACGUUACAGAGAUGAAAAAGAUAAACUAUUUGAUGAUCACCGGCAAAAAGUUGAUAAAUUGUACAAAGUUAGGGAAGAAAUACAUAAAUUCAGUCAAUUUUAUUGCGGAUUCAACCAAUUAAAUCCGAGAUGUUAUUGAGAAAAAAAAGAGCUGAAGAAAUAUAUAAGACUUUUACCAAAAUGUAUUCUCCUGCACGCUUUUAAAACGUGAUUUUCGUCAUGAUUUACUAUCGUCCAGAGUUAACAAAUAUAGGGAUGCCAUGUGCAAUGUACACGUGUUUGACUAUUUAUGUGUUAUUUCAAUCUUUAUAUUAUUAUUUUGUAAGCAUUAGAUGUUUUUACAUCUAUAAUCACUUUUAGUUUUCUCCGAUAACUUUUAUUGAAUAAAUGUAUA